CUCGACCGAGCCCGCAACAGAGCGACAGAAAGUGGCGGGCUGCACGUCUCCUCAUUAGCCUUGCCCCGGACUCUCCCAGUGUCUGCGCUCAUCGGAGCGCUGCCCACGGGUGCCCCGGGGCCCCGCAUGGGGCAGCACUAACUGGGCUGGCGGUACAAGCCAAGUACUGCUCCAACAUGAACAUCGUUGGCAGCUACGCACACCACCACCACCACCACCACCACCACCACCACAUGCACUCCGCGCACCACGAUCCCUUCCUCUUCAGUCCGGCCUCGCGCUGUUACCCGGAGCGGCCCUACUUCCAGAGCUGGCUGCUGAGUCCCCCUGACGCCGCUCCAGACUUCCCGGUCGCUGGGCCACCGCCCGCAGCACCAGUGGCUUCAACUUCUGCCGCUUACGGUCAAGACUCCACCUCCGGCCAGGGCCCCGGGCACCUGGAGGCUCUUAGCGGACGCCUGGGGCGGCGGAAAGGAUCGGGACCCAAGAAAGAGCGGAAGCGCACAGAGAGCAUCAACAGCGCGUUCGCGGAGCUGCGCGAGUGUAUCCCCAACGUGCCGGCUGACACCAAGCUCUCCAAGAUCAAGACUCUGCGCCUGGCCACCAGCUACAUCGCCUAUCUGAUGGACGUGCUGGCCAAGGACGCACAGGCCGGCGACCCCGAGGCCUUCAAGGCAGAAAUCAAGAAGGUCGAUGGCAGUCGCGAGAGCAAGCGGAAAAGGGAGCUGCAGCAACAUGAAGGCUUUCCUCCUGCCCUGGGCCCAGGCGAGAAGAGGAUUAAAGGGCGCACAGGCUGGCCACAGCAAGUCUGGGCGCUGGAGUUAAACCAGUGAGCCGAGGCCCGCGCCGAGGACCCCGCCACCGCGGCUGGCCCCGAGGCCCGGGAGGAGAGGAAGGUGGCCGCGAGUGCCAGGCUCUGGGUGCCAGGGACGCAUGGGGCGCAACUUGCCGAGCGUCGGCUGUGAGCCGGCAGGUCGCUCGCUGGCUGCAACAACACACUUGGAUCACACGUGCAAUGUCAUUUGAAGUUGUUUGUAAUACAUUAAGAGAAAUAGAAAUUUAUAUAUAUAUCCACCCCCAUAAUGGAGAGGGCGGCUCUUGGCGGCACGAUGUGGGAGGGAGGUACUGCAGGACGGAGUGGGCUGAGACGCCAAUUCCAACCCUUCUGGGGCGAACUUGGAACCCCCGGCACCUUCCCCGCUGUGCUGUCUCUCAUCCCCUCCCUGCUUCCAGUCAAAACCCUCCGGCCGACGUCAAUUCCCUAAUUAAAAUGCAAUAAGAGGAAUCGGCAGGUUACUGCCAAGGACAGAGGACCAGGUCAGGAAGACGGAGGGCAGCGCUUUGUGGUUGAAGGCCCGCAGACAGUGGUGUUUUCGUUUUUCAUCGCUGCACUUCCUACUUAGUUCCGAAGGAAACACUUCCCCCUCCCUCCCUUCCUUUCUCUUGCUUCCUUUCUAAAUGAAAGCUUUUCCCUAUGCUGAGAAGUUUUUAUGUAUUUAAACUACCUACAGUGCCUGGUGCGCUCAGGUGUUUGGUGUUUGUUCAUACUCCCAACCCCACCCUUUUUCUACCUCAAAUCUACGUGACCACUCACCGCCCUGCCCUUUG